GGAACCUCGAGAACUCCACCUGUUCCCUUCCGUUAGUUCCGUCUCAUUGUAGUUGCAGCGAGACGUCGCAGCUCGUAGCUUGUAUACGGAGCUUGAAUCAUUUUUUCGUUCGGUAUUCGGGUGUUAAUAGGUGUCAUUAAAUAAUGUUUAAAACGCUUAAAAUUAAUCGGGAAAAUUCAUGAUAGAAUAUUUCGUGGCAACCUGAACUUGCACUAAUUGAAAUUAGGUUACACCGUUCAAUAAUUUGAAAUUAGGACAAAAGAGAAAGUUCUUAAGAGUAGUGUAGAAAUAUCUGGCUAACACACAUCUGACAGUGGAGAGAAAUUUCUUUUUUCUGUUGCUAAAAAUAAAUCUAUUUUUGUUUUUUCAUUAUAAAAAAUGUCACUCAAUAGUACGGUCAAUACCUUAAUAAGAAGAAGUAAUGCUGUAUCUUCAAUAUUAUAUAAUAAUUAUAAAUUAACAAUUGGAAUACAAGAAAAAAAGUUUCACGAAACUAGAACAAAUGAAUUUGUUGCUAAAGCAGCAACUAAUCCAAAACCUGAUUGGAACAGAGCUGUUUCGGAAGCUGAGAAAAUAGUUGGUUAUCCAACAUCUUUUUUGAGCUUGCGAUGGCUAUUGAGUGAUGAAAUUGCAAAUGUAGCAUUACAUUUGAGAAAGUUAGUCGGCUCAAAUCAUCCUCUGCUGAAAACUGCUAAAAGUCUCAUAUACAAUGGACGAAACAACAUGCAAGCCUGGGGCCUGAUAGUGCUUCUGAUUUCCAAAGCAGCUGGCCAUUUGAGUGUUGAUGACAUGGAGGAAGACAAAGCUGCUGGUGUCUUGCAUAGUCAAAGGGCAUUGGCUGAGGUCACAGAAAUGAUACGCACUAGUCAUUUAGUGCAUAAAGGAUUGGUGAAUAUUCAGCCGGGUGUUUACCCAGAGGCAUCUGAAAUGAAUGAUAUGACAUUUGGUAACAAGAUUGCUCUUUUGAGCGGCGAUUACUUGCUUGGUAAUAGCUGUGCUGAGUUAGCUGCUCUCAGAAAUCAAGAUCUGGUUGAAUUAAUGUCAAGUGCAGUUCGUGACUUGGCAGAGGCUGAAUUUGUUGGUCGAAGAGAUAACCAGAAUAAUCCAUUACCGUCUAUACCACCGUUAGACCGUACUGGAUAUGCUGUUGCAGAAUGGACGCUCAGAAAUGUUCUGAGCGCUGGAGCCUUGCUUGGCAAAUCUUGUCAAGGAACCUUGAAACUAGCUGGUCAUAGUGACGAAAUACAAGAACAAGGCUUUAAAUUUGGCAAGCAUUUAGCCCUUGCCUGGCAGGCUUGUUUGGAUUUGGGUUCAUUUAACGGUAAAGAUCAGACUAUACCAUUCAGCUUGUGUUCAGCGCCUGUAAUGUUCCACAUCGAACAUGAUCCUUCUAUUUUGACUGAAAUUGAUAAGGGACUUGAGUCUGUUCACAAUGUAGACUACACAAAGGUACAUGAUAUCAUUGUGUCAGGCCCAGGUGUAGAAUUAACAAAGCAGUUGCAGAAGGAACAUUCACAGCGCGCCAUGGAGGUAUUGGCAGUUUUUGAAGAAAGUGAUGCUAGAACAGCAUUAUCAAAUAUAAUUGCGGCAAUGGGAGAUUUUUGACGUUAAUUAUUUCGAGUGAAUUGAAAUACUUGAGACAUCAUUAGCCCAGAAAUCAGUUUGACCAAUCCGUCCUUUGUUAAGUUUGAAUAAUAUAAAGAUUUGUAAUGCCUGCACAUCUUAUUUAUAAAUGUAUAUGGUAGUGGAAGAAAAUCGUAUAACAUGUUCGAACAUUAUGAAUAACAGAUGUUGAAAUUUUAUGUAAAUAAUACAGAUUUUGCAUGACACUUAUAGGUAUACGAUAAUUGACAUGUAGACGUAACACGUACGAAAUGAUCAACAAUAAUGUCUAAUUUAAUAAAGAAAUUUAUAUUUUUAUUAUA